CUAACAUACAUGACUCAUUAUCGAUCAUAAUUUUUUCUUCUUCAAAGGUCGUCAAUACACAAUUGUAGUUAUAGUAACGGGCUGACCUUGAUAAACGUAUUAACCAAUCAGAGUGAAGUAUUCUUGUUUUUUGUACAUUGAGUCAUUGAUUAAAACAAAUUAUAUAUAUAUAUAUAUAUAUAUAUCUGGAUAUGUUGUACAAUAUUUAAAAUAUGGUAUCUAUUUGAUAAUUUACAUAUUGUAUCAUGUCUAUUACACAUGAAAAUUUAGAUUAUUCAGGAAAUUGUAAUGAUUAUAAUAAUGAUGAUGAUGAUCGAGAUCAUGAUUAUAAUGAUCAUAUAGAAAGAAACAAUUUAAUCAAUGGAUAUACUACUGAUGAAAUUAAUUAUGAACAAAUGAAAAAAUGUUAUAAUUCAACUAAUCAAUUAUAUAAUAUGGAACCAGAAUUAAUUGGAUUUGUACAAAAACAUAAUGUAGUUAUGGAUGAUGGAGCAGUUAUUAAUAAAAUGGCAUUAUUAAAACAAACUAUAUUAAAUAAAAAAAAUCAAAAGAGAUUUCAACCACCUAAAGGUUUAAGUAUGAAAAUGUUUAUUAUUUUAAUCAUUUUAACUAUUGUAUUAAUACCAUUAAUUAUAAUUGGAAUAAUUAUUGGAAUUAUUUAUAUAUAUAAAACAAAUAUACCAAAUUUACCAUAUGCAUUACCAUGGUGGCGUCGUUCAUUAAUCUAUCAAAUAAAUAUUGAAACAUGGGCAAAUGAUGUACAAGGACCAAUUGGUCGAUUACAAGAUAUAAUACCACGUAUUGAUUAUUUAGUAAAUCAAGUUGGUGUUACAAGUGUAUUACUCACAAAUUUAUUAAAUUCUGAUAUUAAUGGUAUUAUUGAUUGGGAAACAAUUAAUCAAUCGAUUGAUCCAACCGAAGAAGGAUUUAAUCAUUAUUUACCACAAAUAAUAAAAAAAUCGAAACAACAAAAAUCUCCAUUUUACUUGGUUUAUCAAUUUAUACAACAACCUUUAACUGAUCAACAAAAACGACAUUAUGCCUAUGAUUCUAUUCGUCGAGCAUACUAUCGACAUGUACAUGGUAAUCCAAAUAGUCCAUUAUUGAAUUUAAGUAAUCCUAAUGUACAAAUAAAAAUGAUUGAAGUUAUUAAAUUUUGGAAACAAAAACUUGAAAUUAAAGGUGUUAUGAUAAUGAAUUCAAGUAAUUUACUUGAAGAAAUGGUUCCCGGUAUUAGAAAAAUCUUAAACACAGACACUGAUGAUGAAUUCAUAUGGUUUGCUGAUGAACCAAAAAUUGAUGCCAUGGUAAAUAUGGAACAGAAAGUUUGUUUACAUACACUUACAAUAAAUAUUCGUGUACCAACAAGAAGUGAUGACAUAGACUCACAAAUUCGACAAGCUAUGAAUAAUACACAAUUAAGAAAAUGUAGUCCAAUCUGGUUAGUUCAUCAAUUAAGUGAAGAUAAUAAAGAUUUUGAAACUAUUCAAAAAUUAGCAUAUUUUCUACCAGGUAGUUAUUUAAUGUUAGCUGGACAAGAAGUUGAUUUGACUACUGGUAAUCAACAAUUGAUCAAAUGGUCCUAUGAGAAUUAUUUAGAUUAUAAUACUUAUUGGCCAAUUAAUAUAAAUUUAAUCAAUAAUGGUAAACAACGUUUAUAUCAUUGGAAAUUAUUUAUAAAAAAAUCUUAUAGUAUUACAUUAUUAAAUACCCCUAUUAGUUUUCAAACUUUAAAUACUAUGAUAUCAUUUCAAUCAAUAUUUUAUGAUAUAAGUAGUUUAUCUCAAUUAAAAGUAGUAUAUGAUUCAAAAAAUUUAUAUUAUAAUAAAAAACAAUUAAAUAAUGAAUUAUUAGUGAAUAAUCAAGUUUUAUUACUUUAUUAUUAUUAAUAGUAAUUUUACUAUUAUUAUUAUUAUCAUCACUAAUACUACUAUUACUAUUACUAUUAAUGCUACUACUACUACUACUAAUAACAAUAAUAGUAA